AUGCUUGCUCGACAUCCGCUUAUGGAGCCUACUGACGACACCCUGAUAUCACCCCCGAUGAUCCGAUACCAGCCUGACAUGUCAGAACUGGGCCGCCAGCGGGACCAUGCCAUUGUAGAUUAUACGGGGGACCUGGCAGGUAUCGGGGACGUUUUCGACUUCACUGCGAGUUUCUUUCCUUUCCAGGAUGUGCCGCUCGGCACUGCAGCACGAGUGUCAGAGGCCAUGAGUGGCGACAAUGUGAAUGUGCGCUCUCGUCAGGUCACGGCUGAGCCACCUGCUGGAUCUCGAAACACUGGAUGUUCAUGCUCGGGGCUGGGCGGAAGCAAUAAAGCCUGGCGCCCGCACACAGCACCGGGUUACAAUCGAACCAGUAGUAUUAGCGGAUAUUACUGA